CAAUGCAUUUGCCCGCCUAAGCUUCCUUUGGGAAACUGUACCGUUUACCAAAAUGCUGCGCGUGGUAAGCUGGAACAUCAAUGGGAUCCGGAGUCCCCUGCAAGGCCUUGCAUGCCAGGAACCCAGCAGCUGUCCCACGGCCUUGCGACGCGUUUUGGACGAGCUGGAUGCUGAUAUUGUCUGUCUCCAGGAGACCAAAGUGACCAGUGAGCAUUCGAGAAUCCAAGAUCUCUACGGAGAUGUACUGACAGAGCCCCUGGCUAUUGUUGAGGGUUAUAACUCCUAUUUCAGCUUCAGCCGCAGCCGUAGUGGCUAUUCUGGUGUGGCUACCUUCUGUAAGGACAGUGCUACCCCAGUAGCUGCUGAAGAAGGCCUGAGUGGUGUGUUUGCCACCCUGAAUGGAGAUAUUGGUUGCUAUGGAAACAUGGAUGAGUUCACGCAAGAGGAACUCCGGGUUCUGGAUAGUGAGGGCCGGGCCCUCCUUACACAGCACAAGAUCCGCACAUUGGAAGGGAAGGAGAAGACUUUGACCCUGAUCAAUGUGUACUGCCCUCACGCGGAUCCUGGGAAGCCUGAGCGGCUGACCUUCAAGAUGCGCUUCUAUCGCCUGCUCCAGAUGCGAGCAGAAGCGCUCCUGGCAGCUGGCAGUCACGUGAUAAUCCUGGGGGACCUGAAUACAGCCCACCGACCCAUUGACCACUGCGAUGCAAGUAGUCUGUUGCCUGUAGCUGCCUGUGGCCACACUAACUUAGUUCCUGAAUGGGAGGCCGGACCUGUAUGGGAGAGAACGAUGAGAGAAAUAAUGGAGGUCAAGACUCGUUUCUGUUCAAGGCCUCUGAAGUUUACUGAGAGUCCAUGCUUAUAAAGAGGGUAGGCCUACCCCCCACACCCCCGCCAGCCAGUUCUUGGUGUCUGGAGCCAGUCCGUAGGAGAUCGACAGGGUGUGUCUCUGGAACGUCUCAAGACCUUUCAGCAGGAAGCAGAGUCUUGGAGAAGAGCGAAUAGAGCCAUCAAGGUCAGAAGGCAGCAAGGUCAAAGUCUGGAUCAGCCUGCUUCAAGGCUGAGAGAGGCUGCACCUCUGUAGAAGAUUGGGCACUAAAUCACCAUCAGAGAAGUCAUCACCAGCUGUCACUGAAAGACUCCAAGAGGAGCUCCUCGCUCAGGCCUCGGAACAAUAGCGGACACCCAACAACUCACGAGAGACCAAGCUUGAUGGCAAACCACAUGAGGCUUUAUUCAGGGAAAGCCAGAGCUCUGGGGAUGACUCAUAUCCCAGGCAGGGGUAGAGGAGUCAACCACGAGGGCAAAGGGGUCUCAGUUUUUAUAGGCCCUCAGGGGGGGAAGGAGAAGGGGGGGAGUAGGGGAUUUCCAGAUCUAAACAAUGUCUAUUCUUAAGAAAUGGGUAUGGGAGGGGUACAAGGAAAGAGUCUGGUGCAGGUGUAGCAACUCUGGAUUGGCCCGGCUGUGGUUGCUGGGGAGAUUUUCUGACUCUAUCUUAGCAACCAAUAUCACAAACACCUGGCAGUGGGCUUCAUCAAUGGGCACACACAUGGGUUCAAGGAGUGGCCAGAGCAUUGUGCACCUCUAUUUUUCUAAAUCAUAGAAGCUAGUUCUGCUAACAGUGACAUCUAUCUUAUCAAUUUCAGGGCUUCUGUGACCUUUUACAUUCUGUCAGGAUCUUUCAUCACCACACUGCAAGCCUACUGAGACCUUCAUAUUGACCUUACCACCCUCUACAACUGUGAGAAGUUAUUUAUUUCUGUUUUGAUCUGUUGUUUACAAAUUGCCCAAUCUCUAGUACAGUACCAAAGAGUGGUGUCUGUCCUAACAAAUAACUGAACAUCUGGCAUCAGCUUUAGAACCAGGAAAGCUAAGGGCUGGGAAAAUUGGCAGGAGCAGCUAAGACACUGUAGUGCUGUGCACAGGAUAGAGAGGUUAAUUCUGGUAAGGGCUCAAAAGAUGAGAACUAAAGAAAUCACUUCAAAUUUCUCAAGUUUUUUUGUGAAAUACUAAUCAAAGCAUUGAUAGAAAUAUGGAGAGAGAAGAUGGAGUUCCAGCUGGAAACAAAGAUUUUAGUUUUACAAACUAGAAGAAUAAUCAAGCUAACUGCAAAGUGAACAAGAACUGGGCUGAAUUGUGUCUAUGGUCUAAUGUUUUAUAGAAGACAGGCUCAUUGUGACCAGCAUAGACAUUUAAUGGAAGAAAUAUCUAAGUAUUUGGGAUGUUAAAUGGCUUGUCUUUUUGUUUUGUUUUUGUUUUGUUUUGUUUUGUUUUGAGUCAGUCUCCUUGUGUAGCUAGCUCCAGUUGGCCUGGAACUCACUGUAUAGACCCAAGUGGCUUCAAACUCACAGAGAGCUAUGUGCCUCUGCCUACUCAGUGCUAAAAUUAAAGGUGUGUGCCACCACACCUGAUAUAAGUCUUAUUUUCUACUUUUCAAGAUCCUUCAUUGUUUUUGUUUGUUUGAUUAUUUGCUUGUUUGGUUGUUUGUUUGACUUGAUAAACUCUCUUUGUAAAGGGCUUUGGGGCCUGAAAAAGCAUGUCCAUGGCUGCCAAAAGAUAAAAUAGCAUACCUUUCUGCUGGAGGCUUUAUAAUUCUUUUGAAUACUUCAUCAAACCAGUGUGACUGUCUUGGCAAAGUUCAGGUUGCCCACCUUGUCCCAUGAAUCUAUAGAUAGCUCUUCAUCUUGAUUUUAAAUUGCCUACAGGUGCUGGAAGAUGCAGGAAGCAUCUUAGCUUUACUUCCAAGGCUAUGGAUUAGUUUCACUUGUCAUUGGAUGAUUAAUUCGUGAGAUCAAAUAAUAAGAACUCAUGCUUUUGUACCUACUUCCUAUUAGAGAAACAGAGUAUAUGCAUGUUUAUCACAAAAUGUGCCCAUGAGUAUUCGAGUCACAUAAGUAAACCUCAAUUAGAUACUUCUCAAAUGCCCAUCAAUAAUUAGAGUAGACAAAUAAAAAUGUAUAUUUACAUAGUGCAAAAGCACCAUGUAGUAGGGAGAAUGAAAGAAACUACAUGUAAUCUGGAAUGUGUAGGUUCUUGAUUUUAAUAGGCUCUAGCAAAUACUGUUUCAAAAAGAAUAUAGCAGUUUAUAGUCCCAACAGUAGUAUAUAAAAGUUUUGAUUAUUUCACAUCUUUAUCACUACUUAACAAAUCAAUCUGAUUGAUAGUUUUCAGUAGUUGGGAAGAGAAAAGAAAGACAAUCACAAGUUCAAGGUCAGCCUGUUCUUCAUAAUAUAUUUGAGGUCAGCCCUAUGUGGUAAGACUCUGUCUCAAAAAAAUUAAUUAUUAAUUUACACUGUAGAUUUUUAAAAAUAAAUUAUUUUCUAAUCAGGAAGACUUUCUAUAAUUUCUUUGUUAUUUCAUAAUUUCUUGAAAAAGUAUGAAUAAAAUCAUUAUUUUUGUAUAGCUCAUGAGAUACUUAUCAAACACUUUUAUUCCAAAUGGUUAACAAUUGUUUUUCCAUUUACUAAGCCAAAGAUUAUUCCUUUUUUCCCCUGUUAUUUUUUUCCUUGAGGCUUGCUUGUUGUUGAUGUACUUCACAUAAUCGAGCAAUUGGCUAUAAUGCACAAAUUCUAGAGUUCAAUUGCCAGAACCUCGUACACCGGGCAUAGUGAUGACAGUGAGAGGCUGAGGCGGGAUGGUCAGGAGUUCAAAACCAGCCUAUGCUAUAUAUAGUCAGUUCAAAGUCAGGUAUGGAUGGAGGAGACACUGUCUCAAAAACAUCGAAACAAAAGUGGGGGUGCCGAUGGAGAAAGACUUGAUUUUCUUUAGCAGGCAGGCCACUGGAAACUUAACCAUGUUCCAGUAACACAAAUUGGACUUGUUUAUUUUUAAAAUUUUUAUUAUUUUUUUAUUAGGUAUUUUCUUCAUUUACAUUUCCAAUGCUAUCCCAAAAGUCCCACAUACCCUUCCCCCCCACUCCCCUACCCACCCACUCCCACUUCUUCGCCCUGGCAUUCCCCUGUACUGAGGCAUAUAAAAUUUGCAAGACCAAUGGUCCUCUCUUUCCACUGAUGGCCGACUAGGCCAUCUUCUGAUACAUAUGCAGCUAGAGACACGAGCUCCAGGGGGUACUGGUUAGUUCAUAUUGUUGUUCCACCUAUAGGGUUGCAGAUCCCUUUUGCUCCUUGGGUAUUUUCUCUAGCUCCUCCAUUGGGGGCCCUGUGAUCCAUCCAAUAGCUGACUGUGAGCAUCCACUUCCAUGUUUGCUAGGUCCCGGCCUAGUCUCACAAGAGACAGUCAUAUCAGGGUCCUUUUAGCAAAAUCUUGCUAGUAAAAGUAAAUAAAUAAAUAAAUAAAUAAAAUGACACCAUCAUUAUGAAAAAUAUUUCAAAUGCUGUUGAUAAAAUUGAAAUUUAAGUAGAAAAAAACAUGCAAGGGUAGUUUCAAUUCAAUUUACUCUAAAAAUAUUUUCACUCAAAAAGUAAUGUUUUUUAUCCUGUUGGGGGUAGGUCACGAGAACAGGGUGCAGACAUGGAGAGUCUGGGAAGUGCUUAUGAUUGAGUGGUGUGUAUGAAGUGAAAUUCCCAGAGAAUCAAUAAAAUAUUAUUCUGUAAAAAAACUCAAAACAAAACAAAAGGCUAGGCAUGGUGUCAUACACCUUCAGUCUCAACACUCAAGAGCAGAAGGUGGAUCACCAUGAAUUUGAGACCAGCCUGGUCUACUUAGCCAGUCCAUGAUGGUCAGAGCUACAUGGUAAGACCCUGCCCAUCAUUCUUACCAAAUAUGUCUGUGUGUGUGUGUGUGUGUAUGUGUAUGAAUGACAGAAUGUUAGUAUCUAGAAUAUACAAAAGACACAGCAAUUAAAUAUCAAGGAAAAGCAACCCAGUCUCAAAAUGAGGCACAGAAGUAAACAGAGCUCUCAAAAACAUAAAUUAUAAAUAACCAGGAAACAUUUUUAUAUGGUCAACAUCUUCAGCCAUUAGGGAAAUGUACUUAAACUACUUUGCAAUUUUCAUCUUCCAAUUACAACUGUUAAUUUUAAUGACAAUGAAUGUUGGUAUGGAUCUGGGAAAGGAGGAAAUACUUAUUAAUUGCUGAUUAGGAGUGCAAACUGGUGUAGCUACUAUGGAAAUCAGCACAGAGGCUCCCCAAAAGGCCAGAAAUAGAUCAACCAUGUGAUCCAGGGACACCACUCUUGGUUAUAUACCCAAAGGAUUCUAUAUUCUACUAUAGAGAUAUUUGCUUAUUCAUGUUCGUUGCUGCUCUAUUCACAGUAUUCAGGAAAUGGAAACAGCCUAGGUGUCUAUCAGCUGAUGAAUGAUUAAUGAACACGGGGUACAUUUACAUAAUGGACUUUAGUUAGCUAUUUUUAAAAACAUCGCAAAAUUUGCAGAUAAAUGGAUGGAGCUACAAUCAACCAUUCUGAGUUAGGUAAUCCAGACUUAGAAAGACAAACAUGGUAUUUUCUCUCAUUUGCGGAUGCUAACAUUGAAUCUUUAGAUAUGCAGGCCUCAUUUGGAAUAACCAUAGAGGUUAGAAGCCUUGUAAGGGGACAUGGGUUGGGGGGGGGGGAGCAGUAGCUUUCAAAGGAGAUGAGAUCCAGCUCAGUGAUAUGAAAGGUUAGAGGUAAAUAAAAACAGCAAUAGUUAAAGUGAGGUGGAAUGGGAAGGCAGGGUAGAGGAAGACAUGGGUAGGGAUAAAGAGCCUUGGAAAAGGUCAUAUGGAAAAACACCGCUAUCGAAGGUAUCCUAAAAUAUAUAAAUACACAUAUAUAAAAAGAGUUAAAACUGAGUUGUUCUGUAACAGCGUGACAACACUUUCACUAGACACUACAGGUAACAAAUAAAAAUGCCAGUGCCAGAAAAAUUUAACUCUUUUAGAGUUGCUGCCCAGUGAGUUUCCAUAGACCCACAAACAUGUCAGGCUAUUGCCAUUUCUCUUGGUUACCCUCCAGAACUGUAUGCUAAGUGCCUAUUGCUGAAGCCACCAUAUACCAGAUACACCAUAUACCAGAGUAUAGGGAGAGACAGUAAAUGGAGAAAUGAAGUUGGUGUUUACUUUGAAGCUUUAUCCUUACUGGCUAGCUUUCAUAGUGCUGCAAGAUGUCAUGCUCCCCUAGCAGAGGACAAAAAUAAUCACCAAACUUACCUAGCUAUGAAUCCUAAAAUCUAUAAUAAUGCCUGACCUAGGAAGACAUGCCCACCAGUGCAUAGUGGCACAGACAUUAUGGUAAUAAUCAACUGCUUUCUGAUUGCAUUUAAGGUCUGUUCCACAAGCUGCAGCCCAUACCUUGUACCGUUAUCAAGGCCAAAAACCUGUGGCCAUACAGGUCACAGGCCCUAGGGAAGGACUUAUUAGUGAUAUUCUGCUUAGUGAACAUAGUAUAAUAUACUAAUUCCUAAUGAGUUAUUGGUAUGACCAUUCCUCAGUCCAUCUCUCAAUCCUUAUAACACAGAGACCCACAACUGGUCAAGGCACAGAGAAUAAGAUAUUGUAGAAUGUUCAGCCCUAAAUGGAACAUAUGUACUACUGCUGCUACUCCCAAGGCUCAGAGACCAUUGUAGGGGGAAAAAAGACCACUAAGAUUGUGUAAAAGCCAGAGGUGGUAGGCAACUACAAGGAAAUGGUAAUUUAUAGACAAACAGACACAGUAGGACAUUUGAGCAGAACUCACAGCAAUUGUGACAGCAUAUGUAAGAACUAUGCAAGCUCAAUUCAGCCUCACUAGCUGAGAAGCUGUUGACAAUUGAUAGCUGCUGGGAUAGGGAGAGACAGUUUUCUUUAUGGGUGUGGCCCCUGGUAGGUCAUCCAGGCUCAAAUGGAAGGCCAUACAUCUGAGAAUACAUGGGUAGCACAGAUUAGACUCCUAAAGGAAGUAGGUCUAGGAGGAGUUGGAGAAAUGGUAAAUAGUUCAAAACACAUGGUAUAAAGAUCUCAAAGAACAUUUAAAAAGAAGAAGGAAUAAAAUUGCAAACUUUGCUGCACAAUUUUUAUCAUUUAUUUGUGUAUUUUAUGACAUGUGUGUAGAGGUUUACGGACACUCUUUUGGGAGUUGGUUUUCUCUUUCAACCACAUGAAUGCCAGAAAUAGAACUCAGAUUUUCAGGCUUUCGGUCAAGUGCCUUUACCCACUGAGCCAUCUCACUGGCCCUUACUGGAUUGCUUUACAAGUUUGGAAAUGAAGUUUAUUUUGCUUUUUCUUUUUCUUAUUUAAAAGUGGAAUUCUUGACUAUGUAAAUUAAGCUGAGUAUAGACCUGGAUGCUUCACCUUAUUCUAGAUGCUUUUUUUUUCAUUGACACUGAUUCAAAUUAGUACAGCUUGAAAUUUUCAUGUUUGGGGCUGGCAAGAUAGCUCAGUGGUUAAAGACACUUAUAGCCAAGUUUGAGGACCCAAGUUUGGUCUCUAGGACCCAUAUAGUAGGAGAGAAGUGACUCCUGAAAUUUUUUCUACACACAGACAGACAGACAGACACACCGACAUACAGAUACACACACACACACACACACACACACACACACACACACACACACCAAAUACAUGCUUGUCCCUAGAGACUUUAGUUAGUUAUUGUCUGUGUCUGUGGUUCUCAGCACCAGAGUAGGAAUUUGGACAUUGGAGCCUCUGACAGGCAAAGCAGGGAUAGGCUUGGAUGAGUAGAGGUCCCUGAGUCAUUUGGAAUUCAGGGGUGCAGAGGAUGUUGGGGACACAUUGUCAAGCUUUACCUUCACCCCAGAUUUCUCCUUUAAGUUACUUUUCACUAUGUGUCGGGGCCCGGGUGUGGAUAGCAGUAGUAGUAUCUUUAUCCUGCCUCUCCCCUGAGGAGUCAUGAAUGCUGGGAUAAGAAUGUGGGGAGGAGAGUUCCUAAGGGGAGAGAGGUGACAGAAAAUGUGGAAACUGAAAUCCAGGUCUGUCCAGGGAUGGGACAGGAGACAGGUUUUCUUUUUUUUUUUUUUCCAUUUUUUAUUAGGUAUUUAACUCAUUUACAUUUCCAAUGCUAUACCAAAAGUCCCCCAUAUCCACCCACCCCCACUCCCCUGCCCACCCACUCCCCCUUUUUGGCCCUGGUGUUCCCCUGUACUGGGGCAUAUAAAGUUUGCAAGUCCAAUGGGCCUCUCUUUCCAGUGAUGGCCGACUAGGCCAUCUUUUGAUAUAUAUGCAGCUAGAGUCAAGAGCUCCGGGGUACUGGUUAGUUCAUAAUGUUGUUCCACCUAUAGGGUUGCAGAUCCCUUUAGCUCCUUGGCUACUUUCUCUAGCUCCUCCAUUGGGAGCCCUAUGAUCCAUCCAUUAGCUGACUGUGAGCAUCCACUUCUGUGUUUGCUAGGCCCCGGCAUAGUCUCACAAGAGACAGCUACAUCUGGGUCCUUUCAAUAAAAUCUUGCUAGUGUAUGCAAUGGUGUCAGAGUUUGGAUGCUGAUUAUGGGGUGGAUCCCUGGAUAUGGCAGUCUCUACAUGGUCCAUCCUUUCAUCUCAGCUCCAAACUUUGGCUCUGUAACUCCUUCCAUGGGUAGGAGACAGGUUUUCUUUCCAGGUGUGGUUUUAGGCCACACAGGACAAAAAGAUAUAGAGCCUUUUGUAGCAGUAAUUUAGAGCAAUAAGUAGAGGACCUGAGUGGUUCCUAUGGCAACCGAGAAUUAACAGGACAAAAAGAUAUAGAGCCUUUUUGUAGUAGCAAUUUAGACCAGUAAGUAGAGGACCUGAGUGGUUCCUAUGGCAACUGAAAAUUAGAUCCCAGAAAUGCAGAGCCAUGAGAACAAUAUAUUUGGGGCUUGUUAGCAUUGAGGGAUAUCAUAAGUUGGAUUUGCUUUGCUGGUUUGUUUGUGUAUUUGUUUGUUGGGUAUUCCAAUUAGACCUGAAGUCACAAUCCUCCUCCUCCUCUUCCUCCUCCUCCUCUUCCUUUUCUUCUUCUCCUCUUCCUCUUCCUCUUCCUCUUCCUUCCUCCCCAGUCCUGAGAUUAAAGUUAUGUAUCAUCACCCCAAGAUUUUCAUUUUGUAUGUGUAUGAGUGAGGCAGCUAUGUGAUCCAGGCUGGUCCUGAAUUUACAAUCGUCAUGCUUCACUCUCUCCAGUGUUGGGAUUAGAGUGGUACACUGUUAUACCCAGCUAGAAAGGUGGAUUUGUACAAAACCCUCAUAAAUGCCACAGGGAGGUGCACUGUGGGAGGGUUGGUGGCAUAGCUAGAGGAGUGGAAGGGUAGGGUGGGAUGGUUUCAAGUGAGAACAGGUGCUGUACAGGAGAGGAUGGGGCAGGGCUGUCCUUCAGAGAACAAGACUUUGACAAAGCCUCAAAUCAUGAUUUUAUAUUUACCUAAAAUUAUGAAUUAUGUAGUGUGUGUGUGUGUGUGUGUGUGUGUGUGUGUGUGUGUAUGUAUGUGUAUUAAACGAAGUUAAGCCACUUCGACUGACAUGUUUUCCACUAGAACCAUAGGCUAACAAAACUUCAGUACCAGGCACAAGAAACCUCCUUUCAAGUGGUUGGCCAGGGUAGUUCUAGUGACUUCCCAAAACAAUACAGAUUAUAGAUAUAUCCUUUGGUUGCCUCUCACCAGUUAGGAAGGUGGGCUCCUGUUGCUGAAGAUACAAUACUACACACUCAGAACACAUGGUUUGGAUAACGUGAGCUGGAUGUGAGCUUAAAGAUUCUUUCCUGUGGUCUAGCUUUCACUGUUUCAGAAAAUACUAUUCAGGCUGCCAAGAGAGGGCAACUAUUAAACACCCCUACCAAUCUGCAACUCCUAUGAACCACGACAGUUACCAGCAUGGAAGGAUAGUAGAAAGAUGCAAUAAAUAAGUGGCUCUCAUAUCAUUGAUGGCAACCAAUAGCUGUCUAAUUGGUCUUAAGGCCCACUCAACAGUAGAGAAAUCAUAUCUGGUAUAGGAAACCGAGGCAGCUUCUCCAGGAUAAUGAGGGCCCGGACUUUAGAAAAGAAUCUACUACCACCAGUUUGCUAGAUAAGCAUAAUUCCUUUUACAUUCUAAAUCUGAUCCUUCUACCCACAGAUAACUGUAGCUACCCCUCAUCAAAGAAGCCUCCCUUUCCAACCAAUGGGAGCCGUCAAAGAAAACCACAACUGGCUAUAAUGUAGCGAUCAACAAAUCAUGGGGAACCCAGCCCCAACAGAUAUACCCUCAGCACAGCUGCUGCUUUUAUAUAGCUCAGGGAACAUUGCAGAAGAGGGGCUGUAAAGAUUCUAAGAGCCACAAUAGUAGGAAGCCUGCUGUCAGCAACCAGUCCUAGAAAUGGCUGUGUAACAGGAGCAAUGGCAUUAUUGGUGGCAUAUGUUAACACGGAAGGAGGAAAUUUUGCAGGGUCUCACCCCUAGGCAGAGAACUAUAGGCAGAUAUGUUGGGAGAAGGAGAAUUAGCCUCUCAGGGAUGUGCCCUCUUACUAGUUGCCCUAGUGCUGCAUGGUCAGCCUUGAAACCAUAUACACAUAAACAACAACUGACUCAGAAGGGUGUGUGUGUGUGUGUGUGUGUGUGUGUGUGUGUGUGUGUAACAAAUAUAAUCGAACUGAGAGUGGGGAUGGAGGUGCUGAAGGGAAUAAACGAGAGGGAAGUAAUGUAUUUUUAUUUCAAUAAAACCAUUUUUUUAAAAAAAUUAAAAAUUUAAAAAGUUUUUUUGAUUUUUAAAAAAUAUUUAAGCAUUUCAUUUACAUUUGCAUUGUACUCUGAUAGUUGACCAAAUAGUAAUACCUAUUAGAAAUUUGGACAGUCAAUAAUUUGGCUAUAUUUUUCUCAUUUUAAGAGGAUUUCUUGGGAAAUGUUUUGGUGCUGGGGUUCAUAUUUUUGUUGCUGUUUUUUUAAAGGUAAAAGAAAUUCUGCUCCUCCCCUUAGCUCUUUUCACUCUACCUGACUCCAUGAUAAGACAGUCUUGUCAGGAAUUCUUCAGACUUAGGGUGUGUGUGUGUGUGUACUGUGUUUGUCUCUCUGUGUGUGUCUCUGUAUGUAUGCAUGCAUGCAUGCAUGCCUGUGUGUCUGUGACUGUGUGAGUUUGUAUAUGUCUAUGUAUAUCUCUCUGUGUGUGUCUCUGUGGACCCUUUAGAAUUUAAUGCGAAUACACUAGCAGGAGCUAGUACAUACAAAGCGUGGGCUUUCCAAAGGCAGGGCUUCCAUGAAUAGUACCUGCCUCUGUCUCCUCUGUAUCUCAUGCCUUUUCCCCACCCUUACUUUAGUAAGACAGGAAGGGAAGGGGCAAGAGAGCAAAAGAAGGUGGUGGAUCAUGCUAUGACUAAUCAAGAAUAAUAUAUCCCAGAAAGAAAGAGAGGUGGGAUGGAGUACAAAGAAAGAUGUCUGUGCUGCUGAGGAUGUGACUAGUCAGGACCAAAUUGAUGCAGAUAUAAAGGCAAAGAUACAUAAAAGUAGACGUCAUCUCACUCCCCCUCACCAACAGACUUCGCUAAUGUUUGGGGGUGGGGUGGGGUGGACUACAAUGGCAGAGAAGUAGACUGCAGUAAGAAGAAAAACCAUUUUGCAGCCUGCUUGCUUUAGUCCAGUAUUUUUCCAUUUCUCUCUUCUCAUGACCAGAAGUCUAGACAGGAAGCAGAGGUCGGUUACCAAGGAAACUGAAGCUGAGUGUGCUUGAUUGGUUACCUUUGAGAUAAAAACAAAAUUGCUAUUCAAAAUGUAAGCUCUUGUGGAGGAUGGGCAAAUACUAAGCAUAUAGACGUCUAUUAAUCCUUAUAAUUAUUUUGUAGGGAAGCAUGCACAAACACUUGCGCGUGCGCGCGUGUGCACACACACACACAAAACAUUUUCCUACAGGGUUAAUUGGGAGUUGCUCUUCAGAAAGACCUUGAAUUCUGCCUCUGGUCCCUUCUAUUCUUUCUGCCAGCCCCAUACUCUUAGUGUCUAAUUGUACCCCAUGUCUGAGUCUGAUGAAAUCCUGACAAGACUGUCUUCAUGAAGUUAUCUGGGGUGGGGGUGGGGGUUGAGCUUAGGGUGGGAACAGAAUUUCUUUUAGCUUAAAAAAAAAAAACCCAACAAAGAUAUGAACCAGACAUUUCCCAAGAAAUCCUCUUAAAAUGAGAAAAAUAUAGCCAAACUAUUGAUUAUUCAGAUGUCUAAUUAAGAGGUAUUAAUAUUUGGUCAUCUAGCAGACUGCAGUGCAAAUGUAAUUGAAAUGCUUACUUUGCCAUUCCUUAUACGUUGCUGCCCCUAGUGUAAUAAAUAGUAACUGCAUCUUCUGGACUGCUGAAGGCCAUUAAAGUCCUCCCAUCCUCCAUUUGAAUGUUAUAUACAGAACUUUAGACGUGUAUCUAUAUUUUUCAACACAGUUGAAUAUAUCUGCUAAUGUUUUUUAUUACAAAAGACGAAAAGAGGUGGUCAGACAGGGCCUUCUGAUUCUUCUGAUGCGGAAAUGAUCUGUGGCAACUACUUUCUGAUAUGUUUGUCUGAGAAUCAGUGUUCACUUUUGACAAACACACCCUUUUUAUACUCUGAAAUAACUUCAGAAGAUCCAUGCUGAUGUCACAUGUGUCCUAAUAAUGAGAUUUCCAGGGAAUUUGAAAGUUAAUGUGAAACCACUUUAAAGUUUUAUGCAAACAA